AUGAUGAACCACGUUCAACAACUCCUUGGCAAGACGGCAUUGGUCGCCUGCGACCCCGUCUCCAAGAUACACAAGAGAUACUGCGGCAGUCGCCUAGACAAGGCCUGCCAGCAAGGCUCAGACUACAUCAAGAGACGAUCCGCAAAGCGUCAGCUCCAGAAGGAGCAGGACGACUUUUACCAACCUUUUCAACGCCUAGACUGUCACAUCCUCUACAAGCUCGACCAGUCUGUCCUGCUCUGCAUCGUUGACUUUCUCCCCCUCGACACACAGGCCGUUCUCUCCCAGACGUGUCGGGCCAUGAGAAACAUCCUCAAGGUUCCUGCGCCUAUUGACCUUCCAUACGUUGAGCGGGUUGAUUACCUUGCCAACUUGGCCAAGGACCGCGUUGAUUGUUGGGUUUGUGACGAUUGUGUCAAGAUCCACAAGAUGCAUCUCGCAGACCGUCCUCUCUCGACAGUAAGCGGUAACUGCACGAGAGUCAACACCGACAACAACACAUCUACCAACCUCUUUCGCCGGGGAAUGCACUUUUUCCUCACUAGUCAACACGUGGAACUCGCUCUCAAGUACACACGUCUGGGCAAGGACAACCUCAGCUGGAAGCACAAGCUGUAUCUUGAAGAGGUGCUCAAGCCUCGUGUCUGCCGUGACAAGAUGCCUGAUGUCGAUGGGCUCGAGAAGGACGUCACAUGUCGAAUCGAACCCAAGGUUGUCGACGGCAGAUUCCUUCUUCGAAUUGAGUGGACAUACAACUUCAAAGACGAAGAGAAGCUCACCGCACAAGACGUCUGGAGACUACUUGGACGUCAAGGUGAAGAAUGUUCCUGGUACGAGAUGCGAUAUAGCGAAGUUGGUGUUUCACAUGAGGGUGAUGAUGACUGCUCAACAUGUCAUCGCUGUCUCUCUCGAGCAGCCACCAAGCGAGCAGUUGAGAACCACAACGUCGAUGUCGAGGGACACGACCUCAGCAGCCCAACUGACUAUACCUUCCGUGUCGAAGCCGGCAAGGCCAAGUUGAUUGCCUGGCAAGACAUUGGCAAGGGUGUCUCUCCCAUUGAUCUGGCUUGGACAAGAACAGUGCUCACACAGCCUGAUGACGACUGGGAGGGAGAUGAGGAAGAGGAUGAGCCUGUGGACUUGCGAAUUGGGCAUGGUCCUGGAGAUGUGCGAUGUUUGUUUGAGAGCAACUAG